GUGCUUGGGUUCGGGGUCGGACUACGUCCACUGCCGUGUCGCUGACUGCAUCAUUUUAAUAAUAUUGUUUACGUGACAUUUGAUUUAUUAUGAACUUUUUCUUUUGACAGAUUAUGUGGCGGCUUGACUCCAUGCCAGUUGGCUACUGUUUCGCCUUGGCACGCACACACACACACACAGGGAAUGGGGGCCCUGGGAUCGUUUUGGAUGCGGGGACGACUUAAUGGAUCCGCGAACCUGAAUCUCUGGAGGGAAAUCGGCAACAACAGCUGCGGAUGCUGGCGAAUCAAUUAGCCUGCCAUAUAACACGCUGGCAAAUGUUUGAUCGAAUGUCUCACCGCACAUAUUGACAUUGUGAUUAGGGUUCGACGGAAACAUUCCUCCAAGCAGGAAGCUUGCACAACCCAGCUCCGCUCAAAAUGCCCACAAAUGACGGACAGAGAACGGCACACAUUGCCGAUGUCGAUGGCUCAGCCAUUGCCGUUGCCAUUUCCAUUUGCACUUCCAUUUCCCAUUUCAGUUGGAGACGGCGAACAUUUUAUGCAAAAUCGGACACGACUUUGCACUAAAAAUGAAGCGAUCCCGCAGAGAAACUUUGACCAGGCUGGCCAAAAAGGGAGGAGCACUAUAAACAGCACUACUGAUCUUGAAAGUUCGCCAUUUACAUAAGAAAUUUAAGGAGUUUGGCGCAGACAUUGCAGACAUUCAGUCCAGCGGAGCUGGGUAAGAUUUCUGCGCAUAGAUUGGAAACCAGAGGAAGGAAAUAAAUUGCUUUUGGCUUAUGCAAAAGCCAGCUCCGCUUUCCGCCGCAGGAAGAUGCUGGCUAGCCUGGAGUCAGCCAUCCCAAGUUGCCAGCCAGCAAAGCGCGAAAUUUCUCGUACGUGUGCGAUGGUCCCGGCAUCGGCGGAAUGGAGUCAAGGAAGUCCAGAGGAACUGUGGAGAAUUGCGAAAUAUUCUGCGGCGUUGUUAUCGCCGCCUUUGGAUCGCUGAGGUUGAGGCUCCGCAAGCGGAAUGCGACGCACAAUUAAUCAUAUCUGAAUAUAUUGCGCCCUUUGGUGGUAUAAAUCUCGCUGGGCUUUAAGUCCAGCUCACUCUCUCUCUCGGAGGAAACUUAACAAAAUAAUAAAAAAUGAAACGAGAAGAAAAUAAAAAAUAAGAACUGCGCAUUUAAGCGCUUCACGCGCAUGCGCAACCAAUCGCUUGAUUAGUUCCCAAACUCGAGGCUCAGGGAUUAGCUCAUAAAAAAUAAAGUGAACAGGAAAUAAGCUUAGGAGGUAAUGGCAUCCGAAUGGUGCGGAUCAACAUUCCAUACGUCUGGGCCAGCUUAUUAUAGUUCGUAAUGAGCGUUCCCAGCUGCAUUUCUGCAGCCCAUUUGCCAAUUAAGUGAAAUUAAAGUCAUAUCUGGCAAUUGCUCUCGCUCGACGCGUCUUGCCUUCUGGGACCGAUGAGGUGUCGCCAGUGGGACGCGUAAUUAACCCCAUGGAUACUGGUCUCUAUGCCACAUCCAAAGACCAGAGCGGCAGCAGACUCUUCUAAUUAAAUUGUGCUGGCUACUUUUUAAUUAAGCACACACUGGCAGGCAUCCAACAUUUAUAGAACUGCCACAUGGGAUCGGUGGUAAUAUAAGGGCCUGACGAAUGCUAGAAUCAAAUCAAGGAAAGUCUACGUAGAUAAUUAAAGCAGAAAAAUAUUUCUGAUAAGCAAAUAUUCUUCAUAAGUUGCGAGAUUAUUUUCGCAAUGAAAAUUUAAACCGCCAUUUAAACCAUCUUUAAACUGCUCGACUGGAGAUUUAAGCUUAAUAAAUAAUAGUUUUCCGCACAAGUUGCCCCAUUGUGUCCGCUCUGCUUGGGGGCAAUUCCGAGUUGAUUCAGUGCAUCAUAAGCAGGGACAAUGUUAUUGACGUUGUGGAACCGAUGUGGCCUCUCCUGGGCAGCCGCAGCCCAGAAAGAAGACCGCAAUUAAGUGCAUAUAAAUUUCGCAAUUUUACGAUCUUCGCUCUUAUAAAAAUGCUCACUCUAUGGCCACAGUUACAGUCACAGCUGCCAAAGGAGCACCCAAAAGACCAGGUCUCAAAGGCAUUAAAUGCGGCGAUUUAUGUCCACGUGUUCGAACUGGCGGAAAAUAUGAGCAAAAUGCAUUCGUGACCGAAACGAGGAUGCCCGCUGUUUUUCUAUUGCUAAUUAGCCGUGACAUUGUUUAGCUACGGGCCAUGAACUUUUUCACAAAAACUUUAAGCAACAGAACAUACUUUAGAUUGUAGUAGCUUAUUCUACCAUUUGCUCCUCUUUUUUGUGUGCAAAACCGGAUUAAAAACCCUUGGCAAAUAUGCCCUUCCACGGGGCUUAUCUUAAUUUUUGCAUUUAAUAACUGCAUUGCGGCUGAAACGAGCCGGCAAACUGCCACCGGUCAGUCAGUUGGGCAGCGAUCGCAACGGGCGGCCAUUAAGCUUAAUAUGGCCAAGUAAAUUCUUGGCCAACUAUCCGGAGGUGUGAAGAAAAGUGUCGACUUGUUAAGCUGCGGCCACAGCGGGCCCAGACAGAUAGCCACCACCACCACCACCACCAGAGCUCUGGACAGGAUCGCCUGAGUUGCGAGCGCAUUUCUCGGAAACAACGCGCUCGAUUCGUGGAAGCAAUAAAUAAGAAGGUGGUGGCGGUGGCGGCAUUGUCCUUCAUGUGUUUCGUGGCGUAAUAAAUUUUAUUUAUUUUGUUCCCCCCAGCUUUAUUCCCUUUUUUUCCGGCACAAGGACGACAUGGCGAAAAAAGGGCCGACGGACCAACACCACCGCCCUGUCGCACUCAAUUAGCGAACGCGAACGCGAACGCGAGUCGCGCGCGUUUUUGGCGCGGCGAAAUCCGUUUGAUUUUCAUCUUGGCCAACUUAACGAUCGGCGUGCGGUUUUCUUGUUGAAGCAAAUUAACUAGACUGGUCUAGAGAUUAUCAACACCCAGCUACUCCUUCCCGCUGCCUGUCAACACUCGGCAUUGUCUUUGCGAAUCAAAUCCAGACGAACAAUGGCUGGAAAAUAAUAUACAAGUUGCCUAUAAAGUGCCUGCUUAAGCUUUGAUGAGCUUAGAGCCAUAAACCACAUAAUGGUAGCUGCUCUAUAAAACAAAAUACGUGGCCAAGAGGAAUAGAGCUGAAAUUAAACUCCCCCCAUUCGAGCCAAUUCAAUUUGGCGAUUCCAACGAACUCUGUGUACACUUUAUGGGCAAAAGUCAUUCAAAGCGGUUGUUAAAAACGAAAUUUUGUGUUUUUUUUUAUUAGUUCGGGCAGCUAAAAUUUAAUUAAAUUUAAAGUGGAAGCGAAUAAUGCAGCCGGAUUCAUUUCAGAGGAAUAUUUUCCACUUCUUCCACAUGGUCAACAUAUACUCCAAAAUAACUAAAUACAACUUUUGUUCUUCUACUUUCAUUAGUGCACAAGUCAAGAGAAGUUAAGAUUAAUAUAACUAUAAAUAAUAUGUUUAUAGGAAAUGGUUAUCAGCUAUAAAAUAUUAUAACUAGAGGAAAGAAGAGUACCGCCCAAUCAUAAAGAUUUCCUAUCAGAUAUAGUAGCUUUUAUAGAUUUUGCUCUUUGAAAUGUGUGCAAAAAGUAGAUUAGUUGACCAUGUAGCCUUUCCUAUUAAAAAGUGCACAGUAUCUGCGCACCAUGAAGUGUAUAAAUUGAUCACUGGAAAUAUUUUUGAUAUUCAUAUUUAAAUCGCUUUAAAGUCGCAUCAAAGCCGAAUGACCAAUUGAAGUGCCUCGAUUCCAUUCCGCUUUCAAUUCGGAUCGUCGCAGAUGGUCGCCACAUAAACUCGGUUGUUUAUGGGCCUAAGCCGCUUUGGCUUUCCUGGCUGAGUAACUCCGAUCGUGGUUUCAGUGCCUCCGCAUCUCGGCCUGGUCUGCGUGACCACUUCUUUUCAGCCAUCGGCCAUCGGCCAUUGGCGGUGUCUAAUCCAUGGCAAUUAAUUACAUCGUUACACGCGCUGCCGCCAAACAACUUAAUACAACAUAAAUAAUUGUCAAAAUGCUCGGCCACAGACGCGCGAAUUAGUCUUCAUUAUGUCAAUAAAUCUUGGCCAAUUGCCACACCGGAUCAUGCAACAUCCAAACGGGAGUCAAUAUAUCUUUAUGCACCUGUCCCACGCCGAAAUGGAAACCGAAGCGGGAACAUGUCCAAAUUUCAUUUCAAUUAACGACGCUACUUUCAUGUAGUUUAAAAUGCUUAUAUCUAUAAGAAAAGAUAUUCUUUCUGAGAAGCAAGUAAAUGCAAUCAUGUGGCAGGCAAUUUUCAAGAGAAUAUCCAUUUUAAAUUAUCAUUUCAUUUAAUCAUAGGGGAAAUGCCAAUUGCCUUAUUGAUCGACUGUUCAGUUUUUACAGAGACAGACUAUAUAAGAAGUGGACGCCAAAGUUGGUCUAUGGCCGUCUCAAAAGAUGAUUAUGGUCAUGACAACUUAAUGACGAACGCAGCUCGGCCUGGGAACCCGAUCCGAUCCGUUGCGAUCCCAAAAGCGAGCCCUCGCCGUCUGGAAACCCCUCAAGUUGCCCGGUGACCGAAAAACGAGACUGGCAAAUUUGCAUAAAAAUCAGUGGAGUAUAUUGCCCGGAUUCCCCGCCUCCUUCAGGUGACAUUAACAAGCCACAAAAAAGGAAGCAGCAGCCACUGUGAUACGACCAAAUUUUAAUUAAAAGUUUAGUGGAGCGAGAGACACACGCCAACGACAACGCGAAAACACACAGCAGCAACAUCAACACCAAAAGCAAACCAAGAACAACCCAGCACAGUGGGUUCAAACUACAUUUUUGUGUCAUAUUUCAACAAAAUAUUUCUAUUACUCUGGCGAAAAACAUAGUUUUGUGUACAGGGAUCAUUGAAUAAAGUGGAUAUUUCAAAGACCUCGAUUUUACUUGGAUAAGCACUCGUUUUGUGCCCAUUGUACAGCGGCCGCAAGAGCAACAUCGGGAAGCUGAGAUCUUUGGGGCACAGCGACCGCAAAAGGUUGCUGGGGCAGAAUGCCGUGCAACAAGUGUCAGGCCGUGCAACAUGGCUAACAAGCGUCGCCUGUUCGUCGCCGGCAACGUUCGCUGUCAGCUCAUACACGCCAAAAAAGAAAAAAAAAAGAAAAGGAAAUAGCACGGGAAAAAGAUACACACAGAGGACUAGGUGUUAAAGUAAAUAUGCAAGCGGUUACAACAAAUUUUACAUGCCGCUGCAAUAAUUGAAAAAUCAUGUUGCCGCACAGCAAAUGUUGCCGCGACUGCGCAACAUGUUGCUACAUGACUUUGUGCUUAGCCAGAAAAUGCAGCGAACUAAGGUCAGCACUAAAAACAUGAAUAUUUUGGCUAAAAAGAUGCCGGAAAAUGAUGGAAAAUUUGUGUACUAAAGCGCGAAGAAUGCGGCUAAAAGGCGUAGUUUUUAUUUUUUUAAAAACAAGACAAAUAGGGUCAAUAACCUCCAAGAUAUAAAAAGUGGAAUACGAUUUCAGUUGAAGUUUUAAUAAUAUCAGCAGUACCUUAUAAGCAACUUUGGUGCAGGUGCCUGUGGGUUCUCAGCUCCCAAGUAACUCAGAAUUUGUUAUCUUAGCAAUUCCCCCAAGCGGCUUGCGGAUGUGCAACGCCAUUGAAGGGAUAGCUGCUCUGCUUUGGCUCAGAUUUUUGCGCUAAGAGAAUCGCAAAACCACGCCGCGAAUCACGUACAUAAAUAAAUAAAUACGCAGGCAACGGAAGCUGCAACAGUAGCGGCAGCAACAUUCAGCGCAGCAGCGGUUGAAACAACAAACCAAGAAACAAACAAACAAACAUUCAAGCCGCCACCGCAAUGGUUGUUGUUCACUGUUGGUUUUUGGUUUUUGUGGCCAAUGCCGCCGCUGCAAUUGCCACUGAUCGCGUCGAUUCAAUUAGUAAUUCUAAAAAGGCGGCAAGCGACGUCUUUUGCAUCUUAAUGAGCAGUAACAGCAGCAGCAGCUCCUGUGGCAGCAGCAACACAUGCAGCAUGUUGCCGCCGCAAUAACAUUUGUUCAUAACAACAAGAAACGGAGAGACAGGGCCAGUUUUUCCAUCCAAUUGUGCCGGCACAGCACUUUUCAUGCCCAAAUGCAGUUUGUGAUUGCUGCUGUGACCGUUGCUGCUGCAACUGCUGCAGUUUCUGCUGCAACUCCUGCUGCAUUGACUAUUUUUGUCAUCCAGGUCCACGCACUGGUCGUGCAGCAUGUUUGCGCGUUCAUCUCCGUCUCCUGCCAUUUCCACAGAAAAUCCAGUUCCAUAGUUGGAACGAUGGGAAAAUAUGCCGCUUGGCCUGGGAGGAAAUUUGCCAAGAAAUUGUUAUUAAUCUGGAAUGGUCAUAUAGGCAAAAAAAAAAAAACGAUCCGGGUGCGAACCGAGGAUGGCAGUCCAUUGGAGAGCAAAGUGGCCAUAAUGCCGGGAAAAACGCGAUUUGGCAACAACUUGGAUAUCCUGAACUUUACGCCAGCUAGUGUUUUUAAUUUUGUGCGCGAAUCCACGGCCAAGGCCAAGGGUAAGAAUUAUCUGUGGUAUUUUCUAUAUGCACCCAUGUAUAAUGUGGUUCGACCCGAGGAAGCUGAGGAGGUAUUCCAGAGCACCAAGCUGAUAACCAAGAACGUGGUUUACGAACUGAUUAGACCAUUUCUGGGAGACGGACUCCUGAUAAGCACGGAUCACAAAUGGCAUUCCAGACGAAAGGCUUUAACGCCCGCCUUUCACUUCAAUGUCCUGCAGUCGUUCCUGGGCAUAUUCAAGGAAGAGUGCAAAAAGUUCCUUAACGUUUUAGAGAAAAAUUUAGAUGCUGAGCUGGAGCUUAACCAGGUUAUUCCGCCAUUCACUUUGAAUAAUAUAUGCGAAACUGCUCUGGGUGUGAAGCUGGAUGACAUGUCGGAGGGCAACGAAUAUAGAAAGGCCAUCCAUGCCAUCGAGGAAAUUCUAAUUCAACGCGUGUGCAAUCCGCUGAUGUACUACAACUGGUAUUUCUUCCUUUACGGAGACUACCGAAAGCAUUCGCAGAAUCUUCGGAUAGUUCACGACCUCUCCAGUCGCAUUAUCGAACGAAAAAGGCAGCAAUUCCAGCAGAAACAACUCGGAGAAGUCGAUGAAUUUGGCAGGAAGCAGCGAUACGCCAUGUUGGAUACCCUGUUAGCGGCCGAAGCAGAUGGUCAGAUCGAUCAUCAGGGUAUCUGCGAUGAGGUGAAUACCUUCAUGUUCGAGGGAUACGAUACUACGUCCACUUGUCUUAUAUUCACCCUACUGAUGCUGGCUCUCCAUGAGGAUGUCCAGAAUAAGUGCUAUGAGGAGGUGGAAAGUCUUCCCGAGGACAGCGAUGACAUCAGUAUGUUUCAGUUCAACAAACUAGUCUACUUGGAGUGUGUGAUAAAGGAAUCGCUGAGAAUGUUUCCAUCAGUGCCAUUCAUUGGUCGCCAAUGCGUGGAGGAGACUGUGGUGAAUGGAAUGGUGAUGCCAAAGGACACCCAGAUCAGCAUCCACAUAUACGACAUCAUGAGGGAUCCGCGACAUUUCCCGAAACCAGAUCUGUUCCAACCUGAUCGAUUUCUACCGGAGAACACAGUGAAUCGUCAUCCCUUUGCAUAUGUGCCUUUUAGUGCAGGACAGAGGAAUUGCAUUGGUCAGAAGUUUGCCAUUCUGGAGAUGAAGGUGCUCUUGGCAGCGGUUAUUAGAAACUUCAAACUCCUGCCCGCCACCCAGUUGGAGGAUCUCACUUUUGAGAACGGAAUUGUGCUGCGCACACAAGAGAAUAUCAAAGUGAAGCUAUCGAAAAGGGUCACAUGAGCAAUAUUUCUUAGUAUAAUUUUAGGGAAAACGGUUUGCCAAAGAGCUUCUAUUUGUAAUAUGUUUAAAGAAACAAAUUAAACAUUAAAACGAAUGACACUCUAA